UGAAGUGCUGGUGGGAGGAGAAUUUCCAGCAAGCAGGGAUAUCAAAAAUAAACCCCCGUCAUGUCCGAGGGAAGAGCAAGACGUAUAAAAGCCCCUGAUGUGUCCAGACUGCAGGGCUGUUCAGAGGAACAGAAAGGAUUCCGCAGACACUUCAUAGACAGAACACUGCCUGUCAGUGUGGGGAUCUAAGGGUAAUAGUCCCUGCGCCGAGGAGGACGCACAACUUUCUAAACAUCAAGCUGCAUUUCCCCAUGGCGGCUCUCUGCGUCUCGUGUCAGAAGAUGCGCAUCACGCCGCGUUUCGUCUCUUUGCUCCUCUGCUUAGUGAACGCAGCACUGGCCUCCCAGUUUGAGUCGGAGGAUGUUGUACCUGUUCGGAUUAACGGCAGAGUCGGCGGCCGCUUCUGGAAGAGAAGCGAAGAGAACCCCAUCUUCACCCUCAAAGCGUUCGGCAGGAACCUGACUCUGAAGCUCAUCCCAGACUCCAGCUUUCUGUCGCCGGCCUUCAGCAUCCAGGGCGUCAGCGCCGGACGCACGGCCGAGCUGCGCUCUAACCACGAUGGCUCCAAGAACCGGACACAGGACAGCGAAGGACGCCUGCGGAGAUGCUUCUUCUCCGGAAACGUGGGUCAGGACGAGAACUCGCUCGUAGCGGUCAGCCUGUGCUCGGGCAUCUUCGGUUCCUUCAUCACGGAAGGGAAGGAGUAUCUGAUCGAGCCCAAAUUCCGCAGCCGCCAGCGGCCGGACUCUGCCGAGCAGCUGCAUGUGAUCAGGAGGAGGAUCCUCGCCGAGAACCGCGGAGUUCCCCUCCUGCUUCAUGGCGCAGCGGGAACGCUCGGAGCGGAAAGUUUUACGCAUGGAGGCAGUGAUGCACGGAGGGAAACUCGCCGGAGACGCUUCGUUUCAGAGCCACGCUUCAUAGAAAUCCUGGCGGUAGCAGACUCGACCAUGGCCCACUUCUAUGGAGAUGAAAUAAAGCACUACGUCCUCACCCUCAUGUCCAUGGUGGCCCAACUGUACAAGCACCCCAGCAUCAAGAACUCAGUGAACAUAGUGGUGGUGAAGAUGUUGGUGGUGGAGGAUGAGGAGGCUGGACCGGAGUUGUCCAGCAACGGAGGUGUAGCUCUGCGCAACUUCUGCUCCUGGCAGCAGCUUUUCAACCCACCGAGCCAGAGGCAUCCUGAGCACUAUGACACGGCCAUGCUGUUCACCAGAGAGGACAUCUGUGGACAGAAGAGCUGUGACACACUGGGUGUGGCAGAUGUUGGGACGAUGUGCGAUCCCAAGAGAAGCUGUUCAGUCAUCGAGGACAAUGGCCUGCAGGCUGCUUUCACAGCUGUGCACGAGCUGGGCCAUGUGCUGAGCAUGCCCCACGACGACUCCAAGACUUGCGAGAAGUUGUUUGGAGAUCUAGGAGGGUAUUAUCUGAUGGCUCCUCUGUUUGUUAGUCUCAACAAAUCGGCGCCGUGGUCUCCCUGCAGCUCUCUUUACAUCACUGAGUUCUUCGACAACGGCCACGGAGACUGCCUCCUGGAUGUCCCGGAGAGCCCCAUUCCCCUCCCACCAGAGCUGCCUGGUACUGUGUACAACCUGGACCAACAGUGUCAGCAGAUUUUUGGGGAGGAGUUUGUCCACUGCCCCAACACGUCAGACAGCGAUAUUUGCAGCCAGCUUUGGUGCCGAGAGGACGGUACAGGGCAGUGUUCCACCAAGAACGGCAGCCUGACCUGGGCCGAUGGCACUCCUUGCAGGUCCAAUGGGACCUGUCUACAUGGAGCAUGCAAGAGGACAGAGGAAGUGAUGCAACCACUGAGGGCUGUGGAUGGCAGCUGGAGCUUAUGGGGAUCGUGGCAGCAGUGCUCCAGAACCUGUGGAGGUGGGGUGGAGUUCUCCUACAGGCAGUGCACUGAUCCUGUGCCUCAGAAUGGUGGAAAGUACUGUGAGGGACAGAGAGUUCGAUACAAGUCCUGCAACACAGAGCCUUGUAACGCCAGUGAAGGGAAAAGUUUCAGAGAAGAGCAGUGUGAGAAAUACAACAGCCCUCACUACCUGGACUACAAUGGAAAUGUCAAACAAUGGAUCCCAAAGUAUGCAGGAGUUUCCCCCAGAGACCGCUGUAAGCUGUUCUGCAGGGCAAGGGGCAGCAGUGAGUUUAAAGUAUUUGAAUCAAAGCAGGUGAUUGACGGGACAACCUGUGGCCCUGACACCACAUCAGUGUGUGUUCAAGGCCAGUGUGUGAAAGCAGGCUGUGACCAGGUGAUAGGAUCUAACAAGAGGGUGGAUAAAUGUGGAGAGUGUGGAGGAACUGGGCUCAGCUGCAGAAAGAUAACAGGCUUCUACAACAAAGGAAUUUUUGGCUACAGCGACAUUGUCACCAUUCCCAUUGGUGCCACCAACAUUGACAUCAAGCAGAGGAGCCAUAGAGGAAUCAAGCAUGAUGGGAACUACCUGGCUGUGAAGCGAGAAAACGGAGCUUACAUCCUCAAUGGUAACUUUUCUGUAUCCACAGUGGAGCAGGAUAUUCCCAUACUGGGAGCAGUGCUGAAGUACAGUGGCUCCUCCACCACAUUAGAGAGGAUCCAGAGCUUCAGGCAGCUGAAGGAAGCCAUAACCAUCCAGGUUCUGGCCACAGGAGGGGAUGCCAAUCCCCCCAAGAUCAAAUACACCUUUUUCAUCCCGAAGGACACAGUGUUUAACAAAUCUAAAGAGAAAAAGGGCUUGUACUUGUCUUUGCAUAUGAUCAGUGAUGUCUCUGACUGGGUGCUGGGAGAGUGGUCUGAGUGCUCCAAGAGCUGUGGCUCUGGAUGGACCAGAAGGAGCGUUGAAUGCAGAGACGGCGACGGCUUCUUCUCCAGCCAAUGUGACAGGGAGCUGAAGCCCACAGACAUCCGGCCUUGUGGAGAUGUACCGUGUCCCAUCUGGCAGAUGGGUCCUUGGUCUGCCUGCUCACGAACUUGCGGUCAGGGCGAGCGCCACCGCAGCGUGUUCUGCAUAGAUUACACGGGGAAGACCGUUGAACCAGAGAUGUGUGAUCCAAAUAAAAUCCCAGAGCCAGCCUCUGGGCAAUGUAACAAUCAUGACUGCUCAUGAAAAACAUGAUUACAAUGAACAGUCUUUAUUUAUUGUUUUAUUUUUUUUUGGUCAGAGUGCACAUACAAAUCCUGGAUGGAAGCCCCAGCAGCAGACGUUUUGGAACAAACAGCUGUAGAUAUUGGUGAUUACCAAGAAAUCAAAGAAGAUCUGGACUCUACAUUUUAGAGAAAAGUCUUCAACUUUUGACUAAAAAGAAAUGAUAAACAACUAAAAUCUAAAACCACCUUGAUUUCAUUCCUAAGAAUUAUUUCUAAGAUAUAGAGGAGCUAUAGCUAAAGCAACAUUGUUCCCAUUCCCAUUGGUGCCACCAACAUUGACAUCAAGCACAGGAAGCCUGGCUGUUCAACCAUACAUCCAUGAUUGAAGGGGGCUGCAUAAACUUGUAUGUCAAUUUUCCUGGUCCCACUAUAAUUUGACUUCUGUUAACAUUUAACAUCCACUAUUAAGAUUCGGAACAGUGAAAAACUACCUCAGGAUGCACAUGUGAUGCUAGGUGUAAAUGCUAAUUUUUGAUGUAGUGUGUGCUUUCUUUAGAACGAGAUUUAAAAGCAAAGAAUUAAGUUCAGGAAUAAAUUUGGCAUAAUUUGCCAUUUGUUUCCUAGAUUUAGGUGCCAUUGUGAGUCCAAAACAUUAACAAGAGCCAACACAGAGUCUGUAUAUCCUGGAGAACUUUGAUCGGACAAUUAAGACAUGAGGCUAUUUAAGCUUUGAGGAAAAGUGUUAAUCUUAAUGAAGAUCAGAUCUGAGUGAAUUCACCAAAAUGAUAAUGUCAGUCCCUUCAAAACCAUCCAUUUCUUACCCUUAUAAACCACUGCAUCCAUAAUUCCUAUGGAGAUGGUCAUGAAAAUCUUCAAAUCUUAUGUUUAAUUUGUAAUUUCAUAUCAUCUCCUGAAAACCUAUCACCUGGCCAUGUUUUUGUAGUUAUCCCUAUUUUUGCCUAUUAGCUUUUACAAAAUGUGACAAAUUAUAACCUCUGGCCAACCAUUGAACAAAUGCUUUCCCAUUGAUAGAAAUUAUUCAAGAGAAUCAUAAAACUGCAUUAUUUUAAAAUUCUUAUCUUCUCACCCUCACCAUCAUCCUGUAGGCACAAACUCUUACACGAUUAGUGAAGAAUAACUAAAAUUAUAAAGAAUUAUGAAAGAAAUAAAGUCAAUAAAAAAAAGACCCGAAAAGACUUUUGCUGAAAAAAGAUAUUUUUUCUACAAGUUAUAUUGUGGAUUAUGUUUUCAGUGUUCUUCCAGGUUAUUGUUUUUUAUUAAUUCUGAGCCUUCAUCAAACAAGACAGACUUGGUCCAAAGCCACAGAAGCUGAAAUUCUGAAAACAUGAAUUUGUUCCAAUUUAAACAUUGUGUGAAAUGUCUAAUCUUUGUUACACAUACAAGACAUCCUCUGUCUUGCAGUUUGAGUAGUGAUGAAAUAUUUAUUGCAACAAAUCAUUUUUUUUCAGUACAUUUAUGUCUUGUAUGUUAAGUGAUAAACAUUAUAUCUUUGUUGAUUUUAAAAAGUACUGCUAAUUUAAUUUGCCUUCAGUCUUUGUGGUUAUUUCUGUCUCCUGUAUGUAUAUUUGAUGUAUUCAUUUCUUUUGUUAACUUACAGUAUAAUAUAAGAUAAAAGAAAUGGGAUGUAAGGCUGAUAUUCCUUCAAUGAAGGACAAUGCUAAAGUAUUGUUACAGCUUUCUAAGCUAUUUAUUUUUGUAAAGAUUUUACUUUAAUUAUGUAAAUAUCAUGGUAUAUCCUGCUGUCUUUGAAUUUUUUUUGUUUGUUUGUUCAUAAAAUGGUCAAAUAAACACAUUUAUGUU